AUGAAGUUAUUAGAAGAAUAUAAAGAUUCGAAUCCUAAUUUUACUAUCAGACGUCAUCACGAACAACAGAGAGAGGAGGUUGAUCACCUUGACCAACUUAGACAGACAAUAGAGUCAAGGUUAAAGGUCACGUUACCUGACAACCUACCAGACGCUUUACGAGAUGGCGUUGUUUUAUGUCAUUUAGCCAAUCAGAUUCGACCACGAUCUGUAGCUAGUAUCCAUGUUCCCUCACCAGCAGUGCCCAAAUUAACAAUGGCCAAAUGUCGACGGAAUGUAGAGAAUUUUCUGGAAGCGUGUCGUAAGAUUGGAGUUCGGCAGGACCAGAUUUGUUCUGUUCACGAUAUUCUAGAAGAGAAGAGUGUGAUAAGAGUGGCCAUAACUGCUGGUGCUUUAGUUACCAUAGGAACCAACCCCAAACAAUCUAUGGUAUGA